UAUUGUUUGCCGUUUAAUAUUUAAUCCAGAGUGCAGGGAUUGGAGCUUCCUCACAGUGCCUUUUCCUGGAUGCUGAGAGAGCAGGAUUAGGGAGGGCUGGACAGGACUAGUGCCCGCCCUAUAGCACAAGUGAUUGGUUUUUAUUUUCAUCAUAGAGAUAGAGAUCCGCGAAAUUGUCUUCAUUCGACGGGUUCUUUAAGUUAAUUUUCUUGUAUUCUGUUGAAAUGGAGCGCUGGAAAGGCAGAGUGGCUCUCGUGACUGGAGCCUCGGUGGGGAUUGGAGCCGCUGUAGCACGGGCUCUUGUCCAGCACGGCAUGAAGGUGGUCGGCUGUGCCAGGAAUGUUGACAAAAUAGAGAAGCUUGCAGCCGAGUGCCAGAGCGCGGGGUACAGCGGCACCCUGAUCCCGUACAAGUGCGACCUGUCCAACGAGGAGGAGAUCCUCUCCAUGUUCUCCGCCAUCCGGACGCUGCACCAGGGCGUGGACGUGUGCAUCAACAACGCCGGCCUGGCCCACGCCGAGUCCCUGCUGGCCGGCCGGACGGAAGGCUGGAGGAACAUGAUUGAAGUGAAUGUCCUGGCGCUGUGCAUCUGUACGCGCGAGGCCUACCAGUCGAUGAAGGAGAGGCAUGUGGACGACGGACACAUUAUCAACAUAAACAGCAUGGGUGGACACAGGAUAGUGGCCAGCGCUGACGAGCACUUCUACUGCGCCACCAAAUACGCCGUGACCGCGCUGACCGAGGGGCUCCGGCAAGAGCUGCGGGAAGCCAAGAGCCACAUACGCACCACGAGUAUAUCCCCGGGAAUAGUGGAAACUGAGUUUGCCUUCCGGCAUCACAACAGCGACCCAGAAAAGGCUGCUGCUGCCUACGAGAGUAUAAAGUGUUUGAAAGCAGAGGACAUAGCCAGCACUGUCACAUACGUCCUUAGUGCUCCUCCACAUGUUCAGAUUGGAGACGUGCAGAUGAGGCCAGUAGAGCAGGUGUCAUAGCAACUGAGCAGGAAGCCGCUGGUGCAGCAGAUAGAGCCAGCAGCCUGGGUGACUCCCUAGCGACCUCUGCUGGACAAAACUAGUUUUAAACUGGAUUGGAAGGAUCAGAUUUUUGGAGUUCGGGUGGUACAUAAAACCUCAUUUGAGUACAGUGGGAGUCUGAUUGGUCUAUUGGGGACACUACAGAGUGAUUUGGAGUGCUGCAGGGAAUAGAUCAUGUCAGAUUGUUGGUGUUUUUUUUUCUUAAGCCUUUCUUUAUAAAAAUGGAUAAAUAAAUGAAUGAAUGCCUGCAAAAGGAGUACGAAACUGGUGUGCAGCACUCCUGAGCUGUGUGGCCAAGUGCACGGUCAUUAUUACAAUGGGAAGGUUUGCCAUCAGUUGCACAUAUAUUUUCUUUCGGGUUUUUUUUUUUUGUUUCUUUUUUGUUUCUUUUUUUCCAGUCAUAUUACAUAUAUGUUUAAGAGUAUAAAUGAAAGUAAACACUGCUGUUAAUGAUUACUAUUAUUUUAUUAUUUUUAUAAAUAUAUUUAGAUCUUUGAUUGUAGUUUGAUGUGGUUCCAUACCAUAACCAUAGGGGAACAAUCCAUUUUCAUUCCCAAACUCUUCUGUUUUAGUACUGGGCAUUCGAUUUGUCUGUCUGUCAACAAGCAUGAUGCUCCUGGCCACGCAUUGGUCUCGCACAUCCCAUGGGAAUCCUGCAUUAACCUGUUAGCCGUGGUGAAGGUGAAGGUUUGUGGGCAUUUCUGAACUCCCCUUACCUUUUAUUGCCCCCCCCCCCACCACUCCAUGCCAACCAUGUAACAGAAAUCAGUUUGCACUUUGGAACCUGCUGAAAAACCACUAAUGUCUUUAGACACAAUGUUUCUAACUGAGAAAUGGGCACGUGUAUAAUUAAAAGUACUACUCGUGAGUGUGUACUGUAAUCAUAGGUAUUCUCAAUAAAAUAAAAAUAAAAACGUUUUAUUGCUA